AUGCAGCAGUAUGACAAUUAUAUUUCUUCAGCCAAGCUUGAUCAAGCAGAGGAUUAUUGGAGUGUUGGGAAUAAACCCCAUUUCAGCUGGAUACUAAGGAAGUUGAUCAAGCUUCGCGAGGAGGCCAGUGCUCUGUUUCUUGCUUCUGUAAACUGGGCACAGGUUAAGGGUGGUUGGAUUUGGGACAGAAUCCGAGAAAGAAAGGAUAAGGUGAUAUGGCAUCGGCUAAUCUGGUUUCCUGCUCAUGUCCCUAAAUAUUCUCUGAUCACUUGGAUGGCAAUCCUUGAUAGGUUGUCUACCAAAGAUAGAUUGGCUAGGUUUGGCGUGAUGACAGACCUUGGUUGCAGACUUUGUGGUGCUGGACUGGAAUCAAGAAAUCACCUGUUCUUGGAAUGUUCUUAUUCGAAAGCAGUUUGGGAUUCCAUUUUGCAUGCUUGUAGGUUGCAACAGCAGGAUUCUAGCUGGGAUGACUUGCUUGGCUGGAUGGCUUGCAAUUGGAAAGGUAAAUCCUUGUUAGUUCACAUUCUAAAACUAGCAUGGACUGGAUUCGUUUAUUUUACAUGGGAAGAACGCAACUAUCGUAUUUUUAGGGGAUUGUCGCGUUCGCCUGAUACAAUUGUAGAUAUUAUAAAAGGAGCUGUUAGAACAAAAUUGUAUAGGCACGAUAUGAAUAGAGUGGAUAAUGUAAAUAGACAACUUUGCAUUGAUUGGGAACUCAUGUAA